AUGUUGACGUUGGAAGCGUUUGAAAAUAAGUGGAAUCUGACGGAUGAAAGACUUGAGCCGAAGACAAGCAUUUUCUGGGCAUGGAACUCUUUCGCAGUCCUCACUCUCUUUAUGAACUGGAUCUCAAUGGCAUUAAUUAGAUAUGGAACGCCGGUUUCUCUUUAUCGACCUUAUGGAAUAAUGCUAUUCACUUUACAGAUAUGUUUUAUGCUUUCCGAUUUCACGAUGAAUACAAUCAGGCCAAUUUUGAAAGAUGAGCAAAUUGGUCGAUCGGGAAGACUCACACUCAUUUUCUGGGUGACCGGGAAUCAAAGUUUUGCUCCAGUUUUCACGGCUAUCAUCACCAAUUUCCUUUGUGCCGUCUCAGUCUGUUUCUUGUUUUUGGCCAUCGCUAGUCGAAGACAUGUCCAACAGGGUAUUCGCAUUAUCAUUUCUGCCAUUUGCUACCACUUGCUCCUUUCCGGUCCAUUUUGUGCUCUCUCAUACUUGCUCAAUACACGACUACUCGUUCUAUCACUUGUCAUUUUUGGAAUAUCACAAAUUUUUCUCUGGACAUUUUGCGUCUUCUACACGUUCAGCUCAAAACGAAAAAUCUUUCAUGAAACUCAAAAAGAUGUUUCGACUGUCGAUUUCGCAUCGGUUGCCUCAAGACUUUACGCUCAAAUCACACUACCGCUUAUUUUGAUCUCUCUCGGUUACUUUGCUGUUCUUUUCAAACAGGACUAUUUUGACGCAUUUGCUUUGUUGUGUGGCGCGCGAACUCAUAUGAAUUUAGUACAAAUGAUUCUCUUCAAUAAACCAACAUUUCCGCUUGUCUCGGAUCCAUUCCUUCGCACGAAACCGAUGGAAAUUAUGAAAUCGGAUGUGUGCAAUAAUGAGUCGAUUCGACGGAUAAUCACUGAGAGUAUGGUUGAAUCGGCCUCUAAAUCAAAGAGACGAAUUUCCGCAGCUCUGCAGCGUCUCCAUCCGUCAGCAACGUUUGCGGUUAUUUGUGCAAUGUGCCCUUUCUCAUAUAUCUCACACACAACCGAUUUCUGUCUCCACGCCACACACAACGUCACAUGUUAUGUUUUUCGAGAUGGAAAACUA